UGAGGGUGCCGUGGUUUGUGGCUCAGGUGCCUUCGGUGCACGCAGGGGAUGCAGAGGGCAGUGCUGGACCUCGUGCUGGUGGCAGGGUGGGAGGUUGGGCACUGCUCUGCCUGGCAAAGACGCUCUUAGUACGCACAUUCCCCCCUUUCUUACAACAUUAAGAGGCUUUUUGACCCCAAAUCUCUCAUAUGCACAGCAGCACAUCUUCCCAAGCAACACAUGGUUUAUGGCCAGCAGUGCCUGCGAGCCUGAACUUUAAGGCUUCUCUCCAUCCUCUCAGGGGACGCUGUGAGGGGCUGUCAGCAGCUGUCAGCACUUCGCUGUGUCCGGUCACAGACCAACCAGUGCAGGAGCAGCUCACGCAGCGUGCACAGCUGCAAGCUUUCUGCAUGCUGAAACCCCUGGGCAUUGCUCCCGGUGGAGCCGUACAGCAGCGUGGCUCCACUUCAGCUCUGAGGGUAUCACCACCCUUCUGUCCCUUCUGCUUGUGCCCCAAACCUGCUGUACAAGGGCACUGUGCCAGGCACAGUAUCUCGUACCGUGCUGACCAACCUGAAGUGCCUCAAAAUGCUGGGCAGAUCUAUUGGCUUCACACCCCUCCCUCUUUGUUUUCUGCUUGCUGAGCUCCUUCCCCACACUCCACUCUCCUCCCCUGUCCUUGUUGCCUGCUGCUGAGAUAAGAUGGAAAUUUGGCCUUACUGAGGGCAGGUGAAGGUGGUUUCACUCGUGGUGCCAUUUAUCACCUGUCUGGGGCAGAUUUUUCCAAGGUGUGUGCUGGUAUCGGGACCUUUUCCUUUGCUGUUAAACCAGGAGCAGGGCAAGCACUUCUCAGCAGUGCGGUUCCAUCUGUGCAGAUCAGCAGGGCUAAUAGGGCUGGAGAUGGCACAAUAGAGGAGUUCAUCACCUUGCAGAUGAUAUCUUCUGCCCUUCAUUACCAUAUGGGGCAGGGCCCUUGGCCAUAGGAUAAGGUCUGAUAAAGGUUUCCUGUCCCAUGUCCCAUGUCCCAUGACGUGGAACAGUCAACAGAAGAGAACAUUAUCCAUUAUGCAUAGCAUGUCCUAUAGGGCACUGGCCACCCUCAUUUGUCACUGGAGAUAUUGACAGAAGCAAGAAUCACCAUCUUUUGUGACUUUGCCAGAGGUCUUUCCUCUCCUAUUUAAUGCUGACCUGGCCUGGCUACAAGGCUGGAAGAGGAAUGGAGUACAAAGCCAAGGUCAUCACAGGUCUGCUGACAGCCACCUGUGUCUUCAGCAUCAUUGCCCUCAUACUGAGUGCUGUACAUGUGAAGGAUGUAUUUCUGCCUCCUGGCUCUAAGUUCGGGCUGGUGUUCGACGCCGGCUCCACGCACACGGCGCUCUACGUCUACCAGUGGCCGGCAGACAAGGAGAACGGCACGGGCAUCGUCUCCCAGGUGGAGUCCUGCACUGUGAAUGGAUCUGGCAUCUCCAGCUAUGCAGAUGAUCCCACUGGAGCUGGUGCCAGCCUGAAGCCCUGCCUGGACAAGGCCAUGACAGCUAUCCCUGCAGAGCAGCAGCGGCAGACACCCACCUACCUGGGGGCCACAGCGGGCAUGAGGCUGCUGAGGGAGCAGAACAGCACAAAAGCUGAUCAGGUCUUUGCUGAGGUCAGCAAGACCAUUCGUGAGUACCCUGUGGACUUCCGUGGAGCUCAGAUCCUCACUGGGAAUGAGGAGGGUGCCUUUGGCUGGAUCACCGUCAACUACCUGCUGGAGACACUUAUCAAGUUUUCCUUCACAGGAAAAUGGGAACAUCCACAGAACACUGAAGUGCUGGGAGCUCUGGACCUUGGAGGAGCCUCAACACAAAUAACCUUCCAGCCCGGAGUCACUAUUGAAGAUAAAAACACGUCUGUCCACUUCAGGCUGUACGGCACCAACUACUCGCUCUACACCCACAGCUACCUGUGCUACGGGCAGAUGCAGGCCUUGAAGAGGCUGACGGCAGCCCUCCAUCAGGACAGCUUGUAUGCCCAGCAGAUAUCACAGCCCUGCUACCCCAAGGGAUACCAGGAGAACAUCACCAUAGCAGAGAUCUAUGACAGUCCCUGUGUCCCCAUUCCAAGCAUGCUCAGCCCUGCACAGGUCCUCACGGUGACAGGGACAGGGAACCCUGCAGCGUGCCGCGCUGCCAUCCUGAAGCUCUUCAACUUCACCUGCGGGGCCAACAGGACGUGUGGGUUCGACGGGGUCUAUCAGCCGCCCGUACGGGGACAGUUCUUUGCCUUUUCUGGGUUCUACUACACUUUCUCCUUCCUGAACCUGACCAGCCAGCAGUCUCUAAGCCAUGUCAAUGCCACGGUCUGGGACUUCUGCAACAACACCUGGUCCAAGCUGGUGGAGACCUUCCCGCAGAAUAAGGAGCACCUCCACACAUACUGCAUGGUGGGACUUUACAUCUUGACACUGCUGGUUGAUGGCUAUAAGUUUGAUGAACACACGUGGAGCAACAUCCACUUCAGCCAGAAGGCAGGAAACACAGACAUCGGCUGGACGCUGGGCUACAUGCUGAACCUCACCAACAUGAUCCCCAUGGAGGCUCUGGAACACGUCAAGGGGCAGCAGCCCAGUCUGUGGGCAGGUGCCAUCUCCUUCAUUGUGCUGGCCAUAGUUGCAGGCCUGGUGGCAAUUCUCCUCCAGUGUUUCUGGAAAUCCAAGUAGCUCCAGGUAUCAACCUAUGGGCACCCUGCCUUCUAAACCAGGCAGAGAAAGUGGUGCAAGAAAAGGUGGAAGCAAAAGAGGGAAGAAGGUGUUAAGCCCCACCUCCACUGCUCAUGAAGUCUUCUUGAACCACCUCUGUAAAGACAUCAAAGGCAUCUUGAGCUCCCUACAAACCUCCAUGAGGAAAAGAUGCCAGAAACCUCUUAGAUCUGGUUGACAAAGGCCAAACUGAGACGUGGCGGCCAUAUAAAUUCAAGCCAGAAAUAAAACCCUUUUUCUUUUUCAAAUACGAAGGUCAUUAACCAGCCUAGCAGAGUUUCCAUCCCUUGGCACUUCCACUCCUGCUGGGCUGGCUCUCUCCAGCUGCAGCUGUGGAAGGCAAUGGGUGCUGGAGAGCAGUGGUGGCCACCUACGCUCUGAGGGGAGGACUGACAUUUUCUGUAUCCUGUCUUGUACAAGAUGUGCAGGAUUUUUGUGGUAUGUGGUAGAAUAUCUUUCCAAGGACAGACUGCUAAGAUAUUUACUGGCAUAUCUCAGCAGAAAAAUACAAUUGGAACUUGAUUUAA